CGCCAACCUCACGCGACAUGCAUGGCUUCCGUCACACCACCAGCCUGUCGACGGAACAACAGUCGUUGCACAUGGCCUCACAUUCCAGUGUGGCCAGAAUUAUCUAGUCGCAACAUGAGCGUGACCUGAGGGAUUUGCCCCGACACGGCGGCGCCGGGCGGGGUCGCUGCAGCUCGCAGGUACAAAUGAAGUCACAUAAAGAGCCCAAGGCGACCCCUCACCAGAGCUUCCCCUCAGCUUAGCACAGCUAUAAAACAGCCUCAAUCAGCUCUCAUCAUCUCUGAUCACCCAAUUCCACACAUACAGAGCUCAAUUGCAGCUCACCACACUAUCAAAACACCAAACACACCACCUACUGUCUCCAAUAAGACAACCAACCAGACCAUGGCUGCCAAAUACUCCCGCCGCCCCUCGCACCUCAGCGAACCCCUCUCCCCCAGCAUAAUCCCCGAACUCACCCUCCUCCCCCAACCCCUCGCCCCAGCCUCCCUCCCCUGCGGCCAACUCGUCUCCGCGUCCUCCAAACACGCGCCCACCUCGCUCCACGACCGCGACUACGACGACAUCGGCACCCGCUGGUACAAAGACGUCAUCUUCCUCGACGCCAGCAGCGGCCACUUCCUCGAGUCCUUCGGCGGCACGCACCUGGUCGAGAAGCCGCUGCAGGCCGGCCAGGCCGCGGGCACCAUCGAGGCCGACGAGCAGACCGUGCGGCUGCUCAAGGACCCGGAGACCGUGUUGAAGCGGAUCUGGGCCGAGGACGACGCCGCUAGGGAGUGGAUCAAGGCACAGCCCGACGCCGGGUUCGUGGUCGCGGUGCGCGCGGUCGGGAAUGCGAGCUACAAGCGUGCGCGGCUUGUGGAUACGGGGCUGGGGAACUGGAAGGUGGUGAGGGAGGUUGGGGGUGAGGCGAAGACGGGGCGCAGGGACUCCGGGCUCGAGGUUAGGCCGACGCAUAGUAAGAUGGAUGUUGUCGGGGUGGUGGUUAGGCGGAUCGUUAUGGAGGGAGAUGAUGUGGGGCUUGGAGGGGAGUUGGGGGCGGAGUACUGGGCGUGAGUGAGGGGAGGGGCCUCAUCGACUGCACGUUGACACGACGUAUGGGGGGCGUUGGCGUUGG